AUGACGACGUUAACCGAAUUUCACCUCUUUCCCUACCUCCCGGAGGAGUUAAGGUUCAUGAUCUGGACCUUAGCCCUUCGACCACUUGAUCGCCCAGGCGUUCACAUCUUCGACGUCGUGAAGACAAUCACACAACUGGACCGCGUGAAUCAUCACCUUUCACGACUGAUUGGGCCGGGGUACAGUGAUCUGUACGGCGGUCUGUUUGUUCCUCCAUCUUUGCUACCUCAACCAGCAUGGACACCUCCAAUGGAUUGCAGUUGCAGUUGGGUAUCUUCUUUAUCUACUUACGUGGUUCCCGGGAAUGUCAACCUCAAGGCCAUCACGCCUCAUUCGAAUGCCUCAUCAUCGCCAUUAUCCAACAGGGAAAAAAACCAGACGUCUGCUCAACAUAUCUCUUCGACGUCGGACUGUGGACCGCUUGCAAGGAGUCACGCAGGGUCAUCCAAAAAGGCUUUUGGCUCGCGCAAAUUGAACAAGCCCUUUACCACCACAGCCUUGUAUCGAUGCAACAACUCAACACGCCGCCAUCCUUUCACCGUGUUCCAGGGACGAGACGAGACCUCUUCAUCUAUCGACCACUGCACAAGGUUCGCCAAGGGUUUCUCGCUCCUGGAUGGGAGCCAGCUACCAUUUUCAAGCCCGUUUCCAGGUGGGGAAGUGUCCCUCUGCGGCGAACCGAACAGACUCCGGGGAUAUUACCAGCCCAACUACUACCGCCGGCUGGAUAAGCUGGGCCACUACCAGGACCACAUGGCUAUCGAGUGGGACCCAUCCUGGGCUUUCGAUGAUGCUGCGUUCGAGGAACUCAAGAGGGGUCUGAUGUCUACCUCGUUGCAACGGGGUCGUAUCUGGUUUGUUGACUAUGGGCUCAGGCCGAUAAACAAGAAUUUUGCCCUCAGCGACCUCGACGUGGCGUGGAAAAAGAAGGGGACGAGCGAGGUCUUUGAAGAUGCGCAUGGAGGUCGUUAUGUGGAGGUGUAUUCUAGCAAAAUCCAUCUCGAUCUACACACGGGCGAGAGAGUAAGCAGUGAGACGUUUGAUGGUACAGGGUUUUUUGUGUCCACGGACGGAAGUCUGACGAUGUUAAAGCCGUUGCUUCGGAGAGACCUGCCGGAUUGGUUGGGAAGGACAUUGCAGUUAUCUGGAGAGGGCAUUGGUGAAAAGAACUGGGCGCAGUGGGGGAUCCUCGCGUACCUGCCUCCGGGGUUUGAGGAGGGCAAACAACGGCCGAAUGCAUCGCCCAGGACAAGAACGCAAGAAACUGUAAAAGAGAGGAUGUAG